AUGACACAACUAUCGCCGCCGCUACGCGAGGCCAGUGAUGGGACCAGUGAUUUCACCAGAAAGGAAGAAAUCCGCCCCAACCGAGAGCCCAGGGGUCCGGCCAUCUGGUUGGAAGAGAAGGGUAUCCACUGCUAUCAUGUUAUUUGUGGAUAUUACAUCCUCAGCGGCGACGUCGCACACCAGUCUAAGAACUGGCUCAUAAAUUAUAAGAAUCCGCUGAAAGAGCAAGCGAUCGUCUCCGGGAUUAUUACAGUCGGUGCCGGCGCAACGACAGAGAAACCUGUAAAUUUCUACUUUGUAGAACAGAAAAGAUGGAGUAACUUCAAAAUCUCUCAUACUACUAUUGACUUUUUCUUCAAGGCGAAGUGUCCGAUACUGGUUAAUGUUCUUAUGGUACCUAAUCUUCUUAAGACUAAGGUUACGUUCGUCGCAAGCAAGGUGUACCAUGAUUUCCGCCAGACCAUUGUCAGAGGAGGACUGAGUGGAGGAACCGGUGGCAAUCUCCUAUUCAUAGCACGACGACGGACCAGCUACUAA